GUGGAUCGCGCGGCGAAACCCUCACAGCGUCUUUCGUCCCCCCGCGAACGAUGCCCGACGACGCCGUCGACGCCCCUCGCGUCGAACGCCGCGCGCGGCGCGAUCGAUCCGCGCGUUCGCGAGCGUUUUCGCCGCGGCGAUGAUCGUCGUGCGCGCACAACGCUGGGUGCGUGGCGCCACCGACCGUCGUCAAACGAACGAACGAUCUCUCGCUCCCCGCCCCGACCGCCCGACCCGAGUCGACUGACCGCGUUCUUUGCUUUUCGACGCCCCGCGCAGCCCGUGGCGCACGAUUCAACGCUGAAGCGCGUCACGGUCGCCAACGACGACGGCGACGUGUACGUGGAGAGCGUUGGGACGGACGCCGAAAUCGUCUUGAAGACACAAAAGGUGCGCGUCGACGGCGACGUGUACUGCGGCGCGUCUUCGAGCGUGGGCAUUUCGAGUCGAGUUGAUACCGUGGAGUCGACGCAUGCGGCUUUAGAAUCGCGCGUGAACGCUCUGAACGCCACGGAAGUAGAGUUGAGUGCCGUGAUGACGAGCAGACUGGACGCGCUCAACGCCACGAACGCCGAACUCAAGGCGAGCGAUGUUGCGAUGACGAGCAGACUGGACGCGCUCAACGCCACGAACGCCGAACUCAAGGCGAACGAAACGGCGUUGCUGAGCAGAAUCAACGAGCUUCUCGCGCGCGUGGACGCGCUUUCAAACAGCACUUUACCACCAAAAUGUAUACCUCCCGGAGGCGAAAAGUUGCAGUACGACGGCACGCAGUGGACAUGCGUGUGUGCCGGCUCUUGGUCGGGAGAAACGUGCGAGACGCCGCCGAGCCCGCCGCCGAGUCCGCCACCGAGUCCGCCGCCACCGAGUCCUAAUCAGGUGAGUCAAACGACGCAAAGCGGAAGACCGUCAUCCAGUGACGUGUGGUACCGUUCACCUUCAUAUUCAGGGAGCAGCCGUCCUUCGGAAACUGUCGUCAAAGAACGAGUCUUUUCUUUCAGCGCUACGUGUGCCGCCUCCACAUGGGUCUCCGAUUACACACAAUGUGGCGAGGGUGCAUGGCGAGAGGUGGGCAUGGCGUACUCAAAGACUUCGGGGUCAAUUGGUCUCGGAUGGGAGACGAUCGACGGUCAACCGUGUUUGGAGAAAGACGAGCCCGAUCGAACGUUCAACACUGGAUUUUGCAAUCACUGGCACUGCUGGAUCGAUGCGUGCGGACCGUCGGGCGAUUCUUUUUACGGCACAAACAACAAUUGGAUCACAAUUUCUGGCUGGUACGCCUUGGCGAGUGGUUCUUACACUAUGUCUCUGAUUUUUGACGAUUCAUGCGAUGUGUACUUGGAGAGUUCGACAUCAUCUUGGACGAAAAUCUUCGCGCACGGAUCUGACGCGAGCAGUGUUGUUUUCAGUGUAUCAAAUGGUGGCGAGUAUCGGUUCGUUUUCGUCCUCGGUAAUGGGGCAUACAGCGCCGUGGUGGCGAUCACCUCUUUUGAGAGCUCUGUCGACGGAACGUAUUGGUGA